UAAAUGAAUCAGCAACGCAUAUUGUGCCGUUACAUUAUGUUUGCGUAGUUCUCGUGCGAUUAAUUUUAAGUUAAUUAUUUGUUUUAUUGUGUAUUUAACCAAGUUUCAUUGCACGAGUGCGAUACAAGUUCAUAUAUAAAAUGGCGACUGACCAAGUGAAAAACCGCAUGCAAGUUUUCAAGAACACUGGCAAAGAUGUCGAUGAAAUGCGUAGACGGAGGAACGAAGUGACAGUUGAACUUAGGAAGAAUAAAAGGGAAGAAACACUUCAGAAACGUCGGAAUGUGCCUAUUGGUGACUCCACAGAUGAGGAUGAGAUCGACAGGGCAUUGGCGUCCACUGACUUGAAGGAAUUAGUGAUGAACGCGGCGAACGCAGAUAACCCCGAGGUACAGCUGGCAGCCGUACUACAGUGCAGGAAACUACUGUCUUCAGACAAGAACCCCCCGAUCGACGACCUCAUAGCAACCGGCAUCCUGCCCGUACUUGUUCAGUGCUUAUCAAGAACAGACCACCCCACGUUACAGUUUGAAGCAUCCUGGGCCCUAACAAACAUUGCAUCAGGGACAUCAGCACAAACAAACAAAGUAGUGCAUGCGGGUGCAGUACCUCUCUUCCUUCAGCUGCUAAUGUCACCUCAUGAGAAUGUAUGUGAGCAAGCUGUGUGGGCUCUCGGCAACAUUAUUGGUGAUGGCCCAGUGUUACGAGACUUUGUAAUAGAGCUGGGUGUUGUAGAACCUCUCUUGAGCUUUAUCAAGCCAGAUAUACCUAUUACUUUCCUACGUAACGUGACAUGGGUUAUUGUAAACCUGUGCAGGAGUAAGGAUCCACCUCCACCAGUGAAGACAAUCCGAGAAAUCCUACCCGCACUUAAUGUACUCAUCAUGCACACUGACAUCAAUAUUCUAGUAGACACAGUUUGGGCAAUCAGCUACCUAACAGAUGGAGGCAAUGAACAGAUUCAAAUGGUGAUUGAGUCAGGCAUUGUACCAAAACUGAUUCCCCUGCUCUCCCACAAGGAGGUGAAGGUGCAAACAGCAGCUCUCCGGGCAGUGGGCAACAUUGUGACGGGCACAGAUGAACAGACACAAGUCGUCCUUAACUGUGAUGCGCUGUCACAUUUCCCGGCAUUAUUGUCACAUCAGAAAGAGAAGAUCUGCAAGGAAGCUGUGUGGUUCUUGUCAAACAUCACAGCAGGAAACAAGCACCAGGUCCAAGCAGUCAUUGAUGCUGGCCUCUUACCCAAAAUUGUAGAAAAUCUCAGUAAGGGAGAGUUCCAAACGCAGAAAGAAGCCGCAUGGGCAGUAUCAAACCUGAGUAUAAGUGGGACUAAGGAACAGGUAGCCGCAUUGAUCAACUGUGGAGUCAUACCACCCUUCUGUAAUCUUCUGAGUUGCAAAGAUACACAGGUUAUAAAUGUGGUGCUGGACGGGCUAAGCAAUAUGCUAAAGAUGGCGGGCGAGAACGCAGAACAGGUGGCCAGCAUGAUCGAAGAAUGUGGCGGUAUCGACAAGAUCGAGGCGCUGCAAUCGCAUGAGAAAGUCGAAAUCUACAAGAUGGCUUACGACAUUAUUGAACAGUACUUCGCUGGAGAGGAGGAAGACGCGACGUUAGCGCCGUCGACAGGCGAAGCGAUGUUCCAGUUCGAGCCGUCGGCCAGCGGCGCCCCGCAGGACGGCUUCCGUUUCUAGGGCGGGGCCCCCGCGCCUGUCGCGCUCUGCCCGCCACGCCCACUUAAGAAGGAUUUACAUGACGAUACACAUACACUUGUACGAGUAUGACUGUAACCGACACUAGGUAAUCAAGUUACUCUUGGUCAAGACACAUCGAGAAGAUUCUGGUUACUUAUCGAAACUGUUUGAAAAUAAGUAUAACAAUAUUGAAUUGAAAAAUAAAUGAAAUAUGCCUUAUUACAGUGUAAUUAUUGUGCUCAAAUGACUAUUUUGUAAAAUUGAUUUAAAUAUCACAGAUACGUAAUUAAUUUUGGGUUAUAUUGGAUCGUGCCCAUAUUUUGAUUGUUUCUUUAACGUCACGUCUUUAUUGGCUAGCGCAUUACUUCCCGAUGUGUCUUAUUUGUUAGUCAUUUUUAUAAACAAUUGUUAUCGUAUGCAAAUUCUAACAGAUUGUAAACAUCGACCGUGCGUAAUCUACAGACGUGUAUUUUCAAUUAAUUUUAACAUUAUCUAAGUAACACCUACAUCGUUUGUAUGCAGAACCGCAUCGAUGUAACUUCUACACCGUUUUACCCAUCUAUAGAUUUCGGCCAUUCGUUAAUUUUCGCGACAAUAAGAAUAAUUCAGUAGUUUAAGUUCAUAAGUAAGUAAUCUCAUUCAGUAAAUUAUAGUUUUAAUCAAUCUUUAAGUUACUUCUAUCGAUUAGGGUUCAACGAUGUAUGAAGUUGUGUUGUGGUUAGGGUAGAUUACCAACAGGCAGCUAGUGUUAACUCGAGGCUAAGUCUCAUGCUUGCCUGCGUUUUUGCCUGGACGCUCUGGUGCCUGAUUUAUAUAAUUUCAUUAUCAACCUAUGUAAUAUGCGGCAUUAGCCAGAGUCGACUAGUUGGGCAAAGAUGGAUCCAAGCGAGCGUACCAGCGCUUCACAAAUGCUCAUGAAUUAACGAACGAUAAAUUUCUUGUAUCUAUUGUAUUGUAAUGUAUUGUAGUUAUGGCGGUUAUUGAAUUAUUCGAGUUAGAAUUUCGUUCGUCGAUUCAGCGGGCGGACUCGUUGCAAAAAGGCCUUAGCACCGUUUCGAUUGUAAAAUUCGCGUUGUAAAAAAUUGUUCGUGUUCGCGGUGCUGUGGCUUCGUUGUGAUACAACUCUAUUGUGAUGUUUCAAAUAUUUUCAUCUUGUUUUUCGAUUUCGUAUUAAAAAUAAAUGGACGACGGACACGAAUGUUUUGCUUCACAAAGUACCGCGUACUUGUGUACGCGUAGUGUACUCGCUUACAGAUUGAAUGCUUUUAUAACAUAGUAUUUAUGUUUCGAUUUUAACUCCCGAUUGUAUCAAAUGAUCCACGGGAAAACCGUUUUAAG